AUGCUCCCAAGAACAUCCCCACCAUCAAGGGCAAUUGCCUCAAUUUUAAGAUGUAAACGACCCUUAAAGAUUCGACGUCAAUAUGCUACGGCUACAGCUACAGCAAUCACGCCCGCUGCCUCCCAUGAGCGAAUGACAAGGGGAGAAGCUCCCAUAGCACGAUAUCCACCAACUCAACCGCCCUCCUAUAAGCCUCCCGAGUUCAGAAAGUCACAGCUGCUCCGACAGUAUGCGUCACUCCUCCGUUCGACCCCCCUGAUGCUCCUCUUCCAACACAACAAUCUUAAGUCCAACGAGUGGAGCGCGAUACGGCGCGAACUUUCCCUCGCUCUGCGAAAAGUGGAUGAAGCUAGAGUGGCUGCUGGUUUUCCAGCAGAGCAAUUAGAAGAAGGGAUAAAAAUGCAGAUCAUCCAAACCGGCAUCUUCUCCUCAGCUUUGAAAAUUGUCGAAUUCUACAAGCCAGAAACUUCACCCUCAACGCUGGACCCUACAGAUCCAUCUGCGCCUUCCUCUGCUACAAAUCCGGUCUUCAAGUCAGACGGAUCGGAUUUGACGCAUACACUGUCCAAAGCCGCCCACGAUGCUACGGCAAAGAAAUCCCAUACCCUGGCCCCAUUACUGUCGGGACCAUUGGCGGUUUUGACUUUCCCCACUGUCUCGCCAUUUCAUCUGAAAGCUGCCCUAUCCAUACUCUCACCCAGCCCUCCACAGUUUCCUGCCCCGACAAGGAGGGCAAACCCUGGGUGGCAUGACCCGCCUGUACAAAGCGGGAUGCAGAAGCUAUUGCUGCUGGGCGCCCGUGUGGAGGGCAAGGUCUUUGAUGUAGAUGGGACGAAAUGGGUUGGGGGUAUUGAUGGUGGAUUAGAGGGCUUACGAGCACAGCUGGUGGCCAUGUUGCAGAGUGUUGGGGCCGGUGUGACGAACACACUGGAGAGUGCUGGGAAGAGCUUGUACUUUACAGUUGAAGGACGACGUAUUAUGUUGGAAGAUGAGGAGAAAGCUUCUGAAGAGAAAUCAUAA